GCUGGACAGAGGGGUCUGGCUUCCUGAAGUAGCCAGAGGUCUUGAAAGAUUCCACGUUGGAAACGUCUCCCAUUGGCGAUGCACAUCUGGCACCCAGGCACCGGGGGGCAGAGGACAAAGGGCUGUCCGUCACUGCUCCCUCCAUCUCUGUGAAGAGACCUUCUUUUAACAGACACUAUGCCAGGCAGGCUCAGCCUCCCCACACCCUGUCAUUUCCUUCUGUGGGCCUUGGUCAUCCUCCUCACAGUCCUUGGGGGCACAGCAUCCCACUCCGGCCCCCACUACCUCCUGCCCCCCAUCCAUGAGGUCAUUCACUCUCGGCGUGGGGCCACCACCACGCUGCCCUGCGUCCUGGGCACCCCGCCUCCUAGCUACAAGGUCCGCUGGAGCAAAGUGGAGCCAGGGGAGCUGCGGGAGACACUCAUCCUCGUCACCAACGGGUUGCACGCGCGGGACUACGGGCCACUGGCGGGGCGCGCCCGAAUGCGGCGGGGACACCGGCUGGACGCCUCCCUGGUCAUCUCGGGGGUGCGACUGGAGGACGAGGGCCGCUACCGCUGCGAACUCAUCAACGGCCUGGAGGACGAGAGCCUGGCGCUCAGCCUGCGCCUGGAGGGGGUAGUGUUCCCGUACCAGCCCCGCCGCGGCCGCUACCAGUUCAAUUACUACGAGGCGAAGCAGGCGUGCGAGGAGCAGGACGGACGCCUGGCCACCUCCGCGCAGCUGUACCAGGCGUGGACCGAGGGCCUGGACUGGUGUAACGCGGGCUGGCUGCUCGAGGGCUCCGUGCGCUACCCUGUGCUCGCUGCGCGCGCUCCCUGCGGGGGCCCAGGGCGUCCGGGUAUCCGCAGCUACGGGCCCCGCGACCGCCAGCGCGACCGCUACGACGCCUUCUGCUUCACCUCGGCGCUCCCCGGCCGAGUGUUCUUCGUGCCCGGCCGGCUGACGUUUUCCGAGGCCCAUGCGGCGUGCCGGCGGCGCGGGGCGGUGGUGGCCAAGGUCGGGCAUCUGUAUGCCGCCUGGAAGUUCUCGGGGCUGGACCAAUGCGACGGCGGCUGGCUGGCAGACGGCAGCGUGCGCUUCCCCAUCACCACGCCGCGGCCGCGCUGCGGGGGCCUCCCGGACCCGGGGGUGCGCAGCUUCGGCUUUCCCGGGCCCCAGCAGGGGGCCUACGGGACCUACUGCUACGCUGAGUAGGGGCCGCCCGCCCCAGCUUCCCACCCCCGCCAUCCUAGUCAAGGGCUACGGGUGGCCCGCCCCGGCUGGCCGGGAGUGGGGGCGAGGGUGGGGGUGGCGACCCGGGGACAACGGGAGAAUUGCUCGAUGGCUUGACCUCUGUACACUGUAAUAAAGUAACUUGGGGCA